AUGAAUUUAAUAGAUGAAAUAAUGGAUAUGAUAGAGAAGAUGUCGAGUAUAAUGUUAUAUUAUUCAAGAUUGAAUAUAUUUAAACGUGUAGGUAUGAAUGCAGAAUAUUGUAAACGAAUAUAUAAUCGCACUAUGGAAUUUUUCUUCUUAAUAUUUCUACAAAAUCCAACUCUCUCCAAUAGAAAUUUCAUUAAUAAAUUUGAUUGUAAAAAUAUUACUGAAAUUGGUAUCAUUACUUUAUCAAUUUUAAGAGUAUUAUCUUAUAAUAUUUUUAUUAUAUUUUCCGUUACGGUGCUUGGUCACACAGAAAGUACAAGCACUGAGGUUACUACCACUAAUAGUACUAAGGUUACUACCACUAAUAGUACUAAUAAUACUACUAAUAGUACUGAGGUUACUACCACUAAUAGUACUGAGGAUAUUAGUAGUACUACAGGUACUGUUGGAGCAAGCACCGUAACUCAGGGAAAGGGAGCUAAUUUUACAGCCAUGGAGUGUACCCCUGGAAAGGGAGCUAAUUUUACAGCUAUGGAGUGUACCCCUGGAAAGGGAGCUAAUUCUAUGGGUACCAAGUGUACUACUAAGGAUACUAAGGGAGUUGGUGUGGGUACUGAGGAAGGCCCUUUCGGGGGUGUUGGUAUGACCAAGCACCGUAACGGAGGAUUAAUUGGUAUAUUAAAUAUAUUUUAUGCAAUAUUAUUAAGUUUUCAUAUAAAAUCAUUAGUAUUAAUGAUCAAUGUUUGGUAUCCAACGGAUACAAUAUUAAUAGUAAUUGAACUUUAUAUUUAUUUAAAUCAUAUUAUUGAAUUAAAAAUCAUUUGUAAUAUUUCUUUAUUUUCUUCUAUUUUUAUUAUUAUUUCUGGUGCUAUUAUUAAAAUUUUCAUUUAUUUCUUAUGGUUUCAUAUUAUUAAUAAAUUUAAAUUUAUUACAUUUCUAUCAAUAAAAUGA